AUGCCUGCCAACAAUAAGAAGACUAUCGCUCAGGCUCAAGCUUCGGCUCGGGCUCCGGUUGCGGCGCCGGCUCCGGCUCCCAUCCCGGCAGUCAAAUACGUGGCCGGCGGACCUUCUUUCGCGGAGGUCGCGGUGUCCCCGCCUCGCCGGGUCGCCACCACCGCCGCCGCUCCACGCGCUGCCGAGCAGCAACUUCUCACCGGUUUCGGAUUCACCGGCGCCCCCCGUGCUCUACCCACCGGUCCGUUCCGUGCCCUAAGGGCCCAGAAGAAGAAGCCCUGCCCCUCCCGUCCCCUUGAGGACUUCUUCAAGCCCGCCCCCCAACUGGUCGCGCCCCAGGCUGCCGCGGCCGGACUUCCGCCGCCGCCUACUCCCCAAUUCUUUUGUGGUGUUUGUGGCUUCGUGUACAAAAACGAGGCCACUCUCGGAAGGCAUCGACGGAAAGAACAACAUCAGAUUUAG